GGCCCCUGGGGGCAGGGCUUCCGUCGUCGUCGGAGGCCGGGAGCCGUCCGGGGAGGCCUGGCGGAAAGCUGUGGCUGCCGCGGUGUGGGACCGCGGGGCGUGCCAUGGCGGCGAACCUGAGCCGGAACGGGCCGGCGCUGCAGGAGGCCUACGUGCGAGUGGUCACCGAGAAGUCCCCGACCGACUGGGCUCUCUUUACCUAUGAAGGCAACAGCAAUGACAUCCGUGUGGCUGGCACAGGGGAGGGCGGACUGGAGGAGCUGGUGGAGGAACUCAACAGUGGGAAGGUGAUGUAUGCCUUCUGCAGAGUGAGAGACCCCAACUCUGGCCUACCCAAGUUCGUCCUCAUCAACUGGACGGGUGAGGGUGUGAAUGAUGUCCGGAAGGGAGCAUGCGCCAACCAUGUCAGCACCAUAGCCAACUUCCUGAAGGGGGCCCAUGUGACCAUUAAUGCACGAGCAGAGGAGGAUGUGGAGCCUGAGUGCAUCAUGCAGAAGGUUGCCAAGGCCUCUGGGUCCAACUAUAGCUUCCACAGAGAGAGCAGCAGUUUCCAGGAUGCAGGGCCCCAGGCACCAGUGGGAUCUGUAUAUCAGAAGACCAAUGCUGCAUCUGAGAUCAAGAGAGUUGGCAAAGAUAGCUUCUGGGCCAAAGCUGAGAAGGAGGAAGAGAACCGCCGCCUAGAGGAGAAGCGAAAGGCUGAGGAAGAGCACCAGAGGCUGGAACAGGAGUGCCGGGAGCGGGAGCUGCAGGAGGCUGCCCGCCGGGAGCAGCGCUACCAGGAGCAGCAAAGCAAGGCCAACUACCAAAGCAGGAUGUAUGAGCAGCAGCAAGAAUCAGGUUCAGGGGACAGACAGGAACAGGAGUCUGAUGGUCAACGGGCUACACACCCAAGGGAGAUUUUCAAACAGAAGGAGAGGGCCAUGUCUACUACCUCUAUCUUCAGUCCUCAGCCAGGCAAGUUGAGGAGCCCCUUCCUGCAGAAGCAGCUCACUCAUCCAGAGACCUCCUUUGGCAGAGAGCCAGCUCCCACUGUUUCAAGCCCCAGAAAAGAUGUCUGUGAGGAGCCAGUACCUAGCACUCCAUUUAUGGUACAGGCAGAAGAGGAAGCCACAUAUGAGGAGCACCCAGAACAAGAGACUCUGUAUGAGGAGCCCCCACUGCAGGUGCAGCAGCAAGGUGCCGGCGUUGAACUCAUUGACCACUAUGUGAAAGGCCAGGGGCUCAGUGGGCAAGGGUUGUGUGCCCGGGCCUUGUACGAUUAUCAGGCAGCUGAUGACACAGAGAUCUCCUUUGACCCUGAGAACCUCAUUACGGGCAUUGAGGUGAUCGACGAAGGCUGGUGGCGUGGCUAUGGGCCCGAUGGCCACUUUGGCAUGUUCCCUGCCAACUACGUGGAGCUCAUUGAGUGAUACUGAGGCCCAUCACCUUUACUCACCCAAAUGUGGCUUUCUGCAUACUGGAAGAGGAGGCCCAAGAGUCAAUGUUUGGUACUCUUCCAGGAAUAACUCCAAUGAGGACAAAGCUUGGGGCUCCUUCCAGCCUGGGUGGCUCAUCCCAAAUGCAGCAAUAACCUGGUGAUUCCCAAACAUGCUUCCUGCAGACUCUCAGGCUCACCUUUGGUCAGCUCCUAGGUAAACUGCCCAAAGACAGCAGCCACACAAAUGGAGGGCUGAGCAGAGCAUCCGGAAACUGCCUUCUUUCUGCAUUUGCCUUUUCUAAUUCCUCUCUCCAUCUUCUAAGGGGUGGUGACUACAGCUAUUUGGAAUGGGACCUGGGAACUUAGAGAAUUGCUUUUGGUGGGGGGGGGGGGGUAUAUGACCAAAGUCAUACAAAGUCACAGUGGACCAUAACUGUGUUGACAGCUGGGGGGUUGAUAGAGGCUUCCCUGUCACUAGGCUAUGGGAAGUGGGGCAGGGAUGACCCAAAUGUCCAUCUCUGGGUAUGUGAAAAAGCAAAGUCCUGCUGUGCCCUUCUGUGUGCCUCACCCUAUGUCUGCUGCCCUAGGGUGCAUCUCAACUGAUUUUUGUUUCAGGAGAAGGAACACAGUGAUGUAUUUCUGCUAUCUCCCCACUUUCUGUCCCAGCCCACCUAUGUCUCUGAAGAGGAAAUGGAAGAAGUACAUUGAGUCCACAGGCUCAGUAUAGUCUGCAUUGCCAUGGUCUGAAUGUUCCCAUGUGGAACACACACAUGCGUGCCUGCAUCUGAAUAGUGUCUGAGAAGUAAAUGUAUGUGCAUGUACAUCUGUAGCCCAUUAACCACCUAUAAGAAACAGGAUGUGGCUGAA